AUGAUCCUGCUGGCUGGCGUCGGAGUUGAUUUUGCAUUCCACAGGCACCGCUCCGGAUAUUAUCUCAUAGGCGGGUCGAUAUUCCUGCUGGUUAUAGAAGUGCUGUGGGUAGCGACGCUUUUCAUGCAGCUUUGUGUAAGGAGCGAGAACCGUGUAUGGAGUUGUUGGUCAAUAGUAACGUGGUUCGAGGGUUGGAAGAAGAGUGUUUUGUACGUGCCCAUGGGAGCUGUGCCGCUGCUCUUGCCCCACAAGAUUUGGUUAUCUUAUGUGGCAUCGGGCCAGAUAUUCGCCCUUGCCAUUUUCCACAUCGUCCUUUCGUUCAAGGGCCGCCGCCGGAGAAGGAGGAAGGAAAGGCUGCUCCACGGCGAUAUAGACAGCUUUGAGAGCAGUAAAUUCGAGGAGGUGACGGAGGUACUGGAUGACUGUCUACCCGAGCCAAUGCCCGGAAGCAGCCACUCCCUAUCGGACAGUUUAGCGGAACAAGACACAAUACUAGAGAUAUGACCUGAAGUCCACCAGCCUCCGGAUCUCUUUAAGCACAUUGUCGAUUCCGGCCACUGGAGUGAAAUCGACAUCGACGUCGUCGAACAGUAAAUUGUAAUUUGUCGCAUCAAGAAAGAUGUGUCUUUUCUUGCAAUAUAUGGGGAGUGAUUUUUAGGUGGUUGUUUAUGUUUGAAAUAAUUAUUUCGAAUUUAACAAUGAUUAUUAAUUUAAAUGUUGCAAUAUCAAAUAAUUUUUCAACCUAAAAAAUGAUUGACAUAUUUCUAAUAAAAAU